AUGGAUUGUUUGGCAAAGCACAUUCCGCCGUCACUGCUCUCCCUCCUAGUGGCCUAUGCGCCUCCCCGAUCCGCAGAAUAUGCCCCAAUGAUCAGAGUCGCGCUGGCCUCCUUGGUCGCCGUGUACGUGGGGUACCUCUACAUCCAGAGCCGGAAAGAAGCAGCAGUCGCGUUCAAUGUCCCUGUCCCGCCAGAAGUGCGCAAGAGUGGCACGGGCAAGUCUUGGGAUGAGGUCCAGGGGCAGCAGAAGAAGGUGCUGGAGGAUCAGGCUCGGGGGAAAUGGAACGAUCAAUUGAUUAUGAGCUACUGUCCUGCCGAUGGGAGAGUGCUCGGUAACGGAAUGAAGCCCGCCACGGUCGACGAUGUCAACGAGGCUGUUCGGGCUGCAACGGCUGCACAGCGGGAAUGGGCAAAGACUACAUUUGCGGAGCGCAGAAAGGUUCUCCGGACAUUGUUGAAAUAUGUCCUCGACCACCAAGACGAUCUCGUUACCGCAUGCUGCCUCGACUCCGGAAAAACAAAAGUGGAUGCCUCUUUCGGCGAGAUCCUCGUCACGGCUGAGAAGCUCAAGUGGACAAUCGAUCAUGGCGAGAAGGCGCUGCUCGCAGAGCGCCGGCCUACCAACUUCCUGAUGAUGUACAAGAAGAAUAUGGUCACAUACGAACCGCUCGGCGUUGUGGGCGCCUGUGUGUCUUGGAACUACCCUCUCCACAACUUUAUUGGACCUGUUAUCAGUGCCUUGUUCACCGGUAAUGCGGUAGUCGUCAAGCCAUCCGAGCAGACCGCAUGGUGUUCGUCCUACUUCCUCGAUAUGGUACGCGGUGCCCUCUCCAGCUGUGGCUACUCGCGCGACCUGGUCCACAUGCUCGUCUGUCUACCCGCCGUUGCGGACGCCCUGACCUCGCACCCUGAUAUCGCACACUUGACCUUCAUCGGAUCCCGCCCCGUUGCCCACAAGGUCUGCGCAUCCGCAGCCAAGGCCCUCAUCCCCGUCUGCGUUGAGCUAGGCGGCAAAGACCCAGCCGUGAUCCUCGACGACUCCCGCACCGUCAACAACCUCUCGUCAAUCGCAUCCAUCCUCAUGCGCGGCGUCUUCCAAUCCGCCGGCCAAAACUGCAUCGGCGUAGAGCGCAUCAUCGCCCUCCCCGGCGCCUACGACCGUCUCAUCGAAAUCGUCACUCCACGCAUCCAAUCCCUCCGCCUGGGCUCCAUCCUCCUCGACUCCACAACCCCAGACAUGGGCGCAAUGAUCUCCCCCGCCUCCUUCGCCAAACUAGAGACCCUCAUCGCCGAAGCCGUCACUCAAGGCGCCCGCCUCCUCGCUGGCGGCACCCAAUACCCCCACCCAACCCACACCCACGGCCACUACUUCUCCCCAACCCUCCUAGUAGACGUAACACGGGACAUGCGCAUCGCACAAGAAGAACUAUUCGCACCGGUCUUCCUUGUGAUGCGCGCAACAUCCGUACCAGACGCAAUCGCCAUCUCAAACUCAACGCCCUACGCCCUCGGUGCAAGCGUCUUCGGCCACAACGCGACAGACAUCCAAUCCUGCGUACGCAACAUCUCCGCAGGAAUGGUAGCCGUCAACGAUUUCGGCAGUUACUACGCCGUGCAGCUACCAUUCGGAGGAGUGCGUGGGUCUGGCUAUGGCCGGUUUGCUGGCGAGGAGGGUCUGCGCGGAUUGUGCAAUACCAAGGCUGUUUGUGUUGAUCGGUUCCCGAAGAUUAUGGGGACUGCUAUUCCGCCACGGGUGGAUUAUCCGAUUCAGAAGCGGGAAGGUGAUGCUGAGGCUAAGGAUGGUCGUGCUGCUUGGGAGAUGUGUAAGGGAGUUGUUGAGACUGGGUAUCAGUUGACUAUUGGUGGGCGUGUUGCUGGUAUUCUGCGGUUGUUGGGGAAUAUGUAG